AUGUUGGCCCGCAUUCAUUUCUGUUCAUUCUGUAGAGCCCAACCACCAAUUAUGAUCUCAACAUUACCUGAAACUGUCGAGGAACAUGAGCUGCAAAAGAAAAUAACAGAAGAGGAUAAAACAACGGCAGCACCUUCACCACCAACUGAAAGAUUUCAGUUUUCGGUAUACAUUAAUCAGUUCAUUGUACAUAAUUAUGUUGAUGGUGAACAGACUUCUUAUGAAGAAAUUGGACAAAUGGUAUCAAAUAAAGAUGACAGUGCACCGUUAUGUGUUAGGUUUUGUACGAUAAUAGCAGGUAUCAUACUUAGUGCAAGUAUUGCAAUCAAUUUAUCAGUAUUCAAAUCAGUAUUUAUACCUAUUUGUAGGUAUCUUAUUUGA